CCUCAUCGUCAUCAAACCUGUGUGGUCUCUCAAUUACCUUGUUUUUCACCUCCUGAAGAGCGCGUGUACAGUUUUUCAGGGUUUCUGUGGCUGCUUAUAUCUAGCACCCGUUCCUCAGAAGUAACGGAAUAACGCAGCAGCUGGUUGGCGUGACUCCGUAUUUGCCAUGGCCAGCUCGUUCUUCAAGCCUUGGAGCGCACAAAGACACCAACCAUUACUAUCCAUUCCAGCAUACCUGACAUUGACCCUAUUGCUGCUCUCGUCACCCGUCGCAUCAAUAUGGCCGUUCCAGCCGAAACGUUUCACGAAGAAUUCUCUCAUCGAUGCGGGCUUGGUAGGCAUUAAUGACGGGGACCGGAUAGUCGCAUUUGGAGACUUUAAUGGGGACAAGUUUUUGGACGUUCUGUCGAUAGACUCGGACCAACAGACGUUGUCUGUGUACCUCUGGCGACACGACGCGUUUUCAUUUGAGAAGGUCUCAUCAAUGCAACAUCCGAGGCCAAUUUACAAUGUCAUCCCAGGCGACUUCACGCACGACGGCAAGCUCGAUGUGCUCGUCAUGAGUGCAAACAGCGCCUCUUCAAAUAGGCUAGACAUGACGCUCUACAUAGGUAAUCACGACGGCACGUUUGCAUCAAACACUAUUUCAGCCCCAUCUUCGACGCUCUCAGAACCUAUACCAGUUGACAUCGACGGAAACAUGCAAAUUGACUUGUUGGGUACUGCGUAUUCACAAGGGACUUAUUCGGGCCCCUUCACAGUCUGGCGAAACACGUGGAAUGCGUCGCAGAGCUCCCCAACGCUGUUCGAACUUACUGACCCUCCAUUUACUGGAAACCAGUGCACGCUUGCCAACCCUCAUAGCAAUGCUGUGAUUGAUCUCAAUGGAGAUUGUUUAGCAGAUAUCUUUCUGGUAUGCCAGGAUAGUUCGGGAAAGAAGUCAUUCCAGAUCUGGGUCAACAACAAGGACUCAGGAUUCUCGUUAGCCCAGAGUGGUGACCUGCCUUCUGGGACGCAGGGGAUAUCUUUUGCUGACGUCGAUAGGGAUGGCACCAUCGACAUGGUAUUUCCCUCAUGCUCAUCCGUCUCCAGAGACGGCGUGGGUUCUGGUUGCUUUAUCAACAUAGUAUACAACCAACAAUUGCCACUGUGCUCUUCCCCGACAUCCCCCGCGACAGACAAGAAAGGAAAUCGAACGUGUCGGCGACCAGAGGAGUUGUGCACCGCCGACCCCAAGUUCAAGUUCGAUUUGAGUACAGGAAGCGAUAACGACGCAUACGUACAAAUACCACUCUCGGACCUUCUGCCCUCCUCUCCUACGAGCUCUCUUCUAGUCCUCGAUACCACAUACUCUCCAUCCAUCCCUCUGCCCAUCAAGCUCGGAGAUGCAAACCUUGAUGGUUUUCCGGACGUCCUAUUCAUUGUCUCGAACCCCGAUUUGUCGCGUACACCCAAGUUAUUAUUUUCCGAGCCUUGCACCAAGGGCCUGGGAGGAUGCGACAAAAAGGGGAAUGGCAGGAGAGGUUUCCAGCUCGUCACGAAGGGCGCCGAGCCCUUGGAAGAUGUGACGGAUGCGCGUGGAGUGGCGUUUUUGGAUAUGGAUGAGGAUGGUACACUGGAUAUUGUCGUACAGCGAAGUGGGCACCAGCAGCAAGGCACUGUGUUGUUUGUCCAGAACAACUUUUACUAUGAUGCAUUCUUUUUGAAUGCUAUAGUGCUCAAUGGUGCAUGUAAUAAUGGUUGGUGUACGGAGUCAAACGGUUCGACGUAUUCUCCCUUCGGCGUGAGCUACUCAGGUGCUUCAUAUAAAUACACAGUUCUCGACACCUCUGGCCGUCGUACCGCUGCUCAAGUCGGACAACUUCCUCAAACUUCUUACCAUGCUCUUCUGACGCCAUAUUCAUUCUUCGGACUCGGGCGCACCAACAAUUACAUCGAGAACCUCUUUGUUGGAUCAACGAAGCACACGCAGGAACACUUUAUCAAUAUGGAAGGUGUCAUCCCGAACUCGCGUGUCGUUAUCCAUCCUGCUCUUGGUGAUGGGGCAUGGCGAAGGGAGCUGUUCCUCCGGCCAGGUGCUUGGGUCCCGUGGGUAACGCUAACAGUCGUGGCCGCAACCUUUAUUCUGGCAGGAAUCGUCUUCGUUCUACAUCUGAAUGAGAAGAGGGAGGAUGAGCUGGAGCGGAGAAGGGCAUCGCAUCAUAUCAACUUUGAUGCGCUAUAACAGUGGGCGUA